AUAUGGAAAGACAGUCACGUUGGUCCCAGGAGAUAACCCGUUCGCCGAUUUCUCAAAGCACUGUUAACGGAACUACCCCUUGCCUUUCAUUCUCUCUUAGCAGUCAGCGCCUCGUCGUGUAAGCUUUGGUGCUCUAUCUGAAACUGAAACUGUAUACGGAGCAAAGUCUGGUACGGAAGAAGAUGUUGAAUUAUGAAGAAUCCGUUAACUUAUUCGCAAUGCUGAAAGUGGACCAAAAGCCGGUGGAGGAGAUAGUCUCCGAUUUCAUAUCCAAAUUCUCUCGCCAGCGUCACUUCGCCAUUUGUUACUCUCUCUCUCUUUUGCUAGAGGAUAAGAAGGCACUGAAUGCAACUGAACGUUUAGUUGCAUUUUCCAUUCUACAUCAGGGUUAUUCUUCCCAAAAGAAUUCUGCAAACCCAUUUAUAUCUUUAAUAGUAAAUUCUGCAUGUGAUGAUGAAGCGGAAAAGUAUGAGAGGGCAUUUAUUCUCCAGUUGUUAAACUCUGGCAGCUCUAGUAGUAGUAACGAGUUUCUUAAACAGUCAGUUGCUGACUACAUCAAAGGUUUUGAUUCUUCAUCUCAUUCUUUCCCUGAACGAGAAUGGUUGCAACAACAAUAUUGUGAUAAAGUACAUUCGGAACCAUACAAUUCUUUGUGUAGAAAUGCUGUUGUGAAAAAUCUGUUGCCAGACCCUGAUGUACCCCGUGGCUGUGAUGCAAAUUCACCAGAGUUUGAUGUGCAAACUGGAGCCAAACCUAAACUGGGAGUUGGGGAUCGAGACGAGGCUGUCACUGAAUUGUUGGCAAAUCUUUCAUUGAAAGGCUUAAAUCCUCAAUGGAUUAGGCCUCGUCCACCAAGGUUCCCUGUUUUGGAUGGAGAGCUUGAGUGGCUUAUUCCUGAUAACAAUCAUGAGCUUGUUUGGGAUCACAAUAUGUGUGCUGAUACUAGUAGAGGAGCUGCAGUUCGGGACUUGAUCGCUAGAGCUUUAAAAGGACCCUUACAGCCUACACAAUAUGAGCAAGUUGUAGUGGAGUUGGCAAAUGAUCCAAAGCUUGUAUAUCACUGUGGACUGACGCCAAGGAAACUACCAGAGUUGGUGGAAAACAAUCCACUAAUUGCGGUUGAUGUUCUUACAAAGUUAAUAAAUUCGCCUGAAAUUUCAGAGUAUUAUACGGUUCUUGUCAAUAUGGACAUGAGUCUACAUUCAAUGGAAGUUGUAAACAGGCUAACAACAGCUGUUGAACUUCCAAAGGAAUUUGUUCGCAUGUACAUAACUAACUGUAUAUCAUCUUGUCAGAACGUCAAGGAUAAGUACAUGCAGAACAGACUGGUACGGCUUGUUUGUGUUUUCUUACAGAGUCUAAUCCGAAAUAAAAUUAUUGAUGUUAAGGAUCUUUUCAUUGAAGUUCAAGCAUUUUGCAUUGAGUUUUCUCGAAUUAGAGAGGCAGCAAUAUUAUUUAGGCUUCUGAAGAACCUGGGCUUCGAUUUGAUUGAAUGAAGACUGAAAUUCUUAGUUGGUCCUGCAGUAUCUCAUUUCUAAUCUUUUCUGGGUUGGUUAAUUAUAACAUUAGUAAUAAGUUGUGUGUUAAGUUUCCAUCAGUUGUCAAAGUUUAGGAAUCCAAUUUGGUGAGCUAUUUAUGCAAUAAGAUAGAUAAUUUCAUCAUACAGGUUUAGGACCUUUCUGUUGAUUAUGUUUAAUUUAAGUAUUAGCAGGUGGCUGCUUAGUUUGCAUAUGGUUUUUUAAAACAAAGCUUAGGAAGGAAACUUUAAAUGCAUUUCUUUGCACCAUUGAAUUGAA